AUGCCAGAAUCCACUUCUCUGAUCUCAGAUACUAAGAAAAGGGCUUUGCUUACAAACCCUUUGAUUUUCUCGACUUUGGUGGCAUGUAUGGGGUCAAUUCAGUAUGGUUACCAUAUUGCCGAACUCAAUGCCCCACAACAGUCGAUUAUGUGUCCUACAGUGACUAUGGAAGGCUAUGAAGAAACGUACUUGGGGAGCCAUGGUUAUGCUCAGUGUAUUACGUUAACUGACCAGCAGUAUGGUGCAAUUACUGCAAUGUUUAGUGUUGGGGGGUUAGUUGGGUCUUUCUUCGGUGGUAGAUUGGCUAAUAGAUAUGGUAGAAAGUUCACUAGUUUUAUAACUUGUACUUUGGGCUUAGUAGGUUCAUGCGUGUUAUUCGCUUCCAAUAACUAUGCAGGCUUAUUGAUUGGUAGAAUCAUUGUGGGUGUCGCAUGUGGCGUGCAAAUUGUUGUGACACCUUUGUACAUCAAUGAAAUUACUCCUGCAGUAUGGAGAGGUGCCAUGGGUUCGAUGAACCAAUUGAGUAUCAACCUUGGUAUAUUAUUGACUCAAUCAUUAGCAAUCAAGUUGGCUAAUGAACUGUACUGGAGAUGGCUCCUCUUAGUUGGUGCCGCUAUUGCCGCUAUUAAUUUCGUCUGUUGGAUUCAAAUAUACGAAUCACCAAAAUGGCUACUCAGACACACUAAUAAACUUGACAAGGCAGAAAAUGCUUUAUCUUAUCUCCGUUCUACCACUUAUCAGGAAGUUAAGAAUGAAAUUAACGAUUGGAAGAAAGAGUUUAGACAUGCAGAGAUUGAAAGUGGUACUAACGUAAGACCUUUGACAUUCUGGCAAUACGUCAGGGGUGCUUCACACAAGAAACCACGUGACGCCAUUACUGCCAUAUUGAUGGGUCAACAAUUCUGUGGUAUUAAUUCGAUUAUUUUUUAUGGUGUGAAAAUUAUCAGCAGAUUAUUACCAGAAUAUGCUAUUUUUGCCAAUUUUGGAGUCUCGAUCAUUAACGUUGUGGUCACAUUCCUUGCAUCAUUAAUCGUCGACCAAUAUGGAAGAAAACCACUACUGUUGACAUCCACAAUAAUCAUGUCUGCGGCAUCGUUCUUUAUCAGCAUCAGUAUAAUCAAUCUAAAAUCCGUUUCUUUGAUCAUCUCCAUUUUUGUCUACAUAAGUGCGUUUGCAAUAGGUCUGGGGCCUAUUCCAUUUUUAAUCAUUGGUGAGCUGUCAACCGCAGAGGAGUCAGCUACUGCACAAAGUUACGGUACUGUAUGUAACUGGCUGGCCACUUUCGUGAUUGGCUACGGCUUCCCUCUCGUUAACAAUCUGAUGGGUGGCUAUGUCUACAUGCUCUUCGCAGCAUUUGCAAUAAGUUUUGCAUACUACAUCUACGAACGUGUUCCUGAAACAAAGAGCAAGACUAACUACACAGAUAUAUGGGCAGAUUAUUAA